GUGUACAAAGCUUUGCUAAAAUUCCUUGUGGUUGCGUUGGCGGAGAUGCSACAGUCUCGACUACGGGUGAAAUUGUCGCAUCAUUCCUCGAAGGACAUGCUGAUGUGUACGAAUGCUCCGUUUGUGGAAGUGGUUUCAUCAGUAACCCCGAUGGAGUCGUCGUCAAUGAACGAGGUACAAGCAAGACUUGUUCGGAACUCGAAGCAUACAGAGCAAACGUUCCGGUAACCAUGUGCGUCUCGCUACAACAAGAGGCACUAAAUCCAUGCGGUUGUGAUUACAACCAACUACCAUUGGGAGCUGAUCAAAGCCCGUUUGCUUGCUCAGUUUGCGGGGACGGGCUUGUGAUUGCGAAUCCAUCAGCAACUGUGAGUCUCGUUGCUGGACAAGACGAAGUGCAGUGCGGAGCGCUGGAGGUCAAUUCACACAAAUUUUCCGAAGACCAAUGUCCCGAAAUCCAAAACAUUGCAAGAGAAUCUUGUGGGUGUGUGGCUCCCGAAAUUACCCCACCAGCAGCCAAUUCCAAUGGGCUUGAAAUAGAAGUGGUCUCCCAGUGUUCAAUUUGCGGAGCAGGAGAAAUGACCUUGCCAGGCGGAGUCGUGACAACCCCAAAGGGAACAUCGGCUAGAUGCUAYGAUCUCGACCAAAACACGAAAGAGAUUUCUCAAUCAGCGUGCAGCAGCAUUCAGGACAUGGUUAGAGAACCCUGUGGAUGCACCUCCUCGUACCAGCCACCAGCCACURAUMUACUGAAUGAUAUUACCCCUUUCCAAUGCUCGAUAUGCGAGGGAGGAGAAAUAACAAACCCUGAUGGAAUUGUUGUCACACCCGAGGGCCAGGCUGCAAAGUGCAGUGCUCUGAAUGACAAUUCACACACGAUUCCCGARGAUUCUUGCCCAAAUAUGCAACGACUCGCUUAUGGACCCUGUGGAUGCACCGGAUCUAUCACCUUAGACAACGAGACGCCUAGUGAYGUUUCUACGGGAUCACCWUCUGCAACUCCCUUCACGUGUUCAGUAUGUGCAAACGGAAUGYUAGUUACGAAUCCCGAUGGCAUUAUUGAUGCAAGCAACAACGUUACGUGUGCCGAAUACGAACAAGAGUCUGCGAAAGGCAGGGUCACCGAAGAACAGUGUGACGUUCUCCAGCAGACAUCKAGCGUCACGUGCGGAUGCCACCCCCCGCCUCAGAUCCCAACGCCACCAACGACGCAGUUCAAGUGCGAGAUUUGUGGGCCGAAUCGAAUGGUGGGUCAUCCAGAUGCCGAAUUCUUGUUGCCGAACUUCCUCACUGUCACGUGCGGAGAGUUGCAACAACGUGCGGAAGCAAACGACAUUCACGAAUUCCAGUGUCGGCAGUACACCCCUCUGGCACAACAACACUGCGCUUGCAUUCACAAGGCAUACGAGCCUCCCCCGAGACCGGCAUACACGUGCAAUAUUUGUGGGGGUGGGCGACAAGUGACGAAUCCAGACGGAGUUGUCAGAAUUCCGGCUCAACCCGAACGCACGUGCGCCGAGCUCAUGGACGCUGCAACCGCCAUGAACACAAACCAAUGUUACCUCAUCCACCCAUUUGUCCAGGGUCCUUGCGGAUGUUCUUCUACCGAGGAAGACAUCGCACCCUCGUUCGGGRAUGUAGACCAUACAGUAAACACAGAGGAGGAGCGAGGCGACUGUUUUUCGGAUUUGCGCGACAUCUAUGAGAUGGAAAAGGGAAUUCAAGACACAUCGAUGAAACGAUUGUACGUGCUUUGCCCUGGUAAAACCUAUGAUAUGGGAGUCUGGUCGGAGGAAGGAACGAUCACGGGCGGACAUCCAUUUUUGGCACUCCGGCCCAAUGUGAUCUACCAAUGCGGCCAAGAUGGAAGCMGAAUGAACGACUGUGUGCUUCGGGGUGGAGAUUUCGGCCUGGCAUCGUACUAUGGGGUUUUCCCCGGAAUCCACGAGACCGUGGAGAGUGUCGAAGUCAGAGGCCUAACCUUUCAAUCGCAGAACAUGUUCUCGGUGCUUCUGAAAUCUGCUGGCGACAUUACAUUCAAAGGUUGYGCCUUCAAGGUCAGUAGUGGYGUUGCUGUUUUGAGAGUUAUUUGUUUUUUGAURGCGUUUUUUUGUGAAAACUAACAACGGUUUUUCUUGACCUCUUUUUCRUUUCUGUCGAAACAGGGCAACUCGAAAAACACCCCCGUCCUCCUUCAGUGGGAAGAGAAGACGUCGGAAGGCGACUCCACCGCGCRGAAUCGUCGCCUCCAGCUCGAUGCAUUCGUAGAGGAAGAAGAAGCGAGUAAGCAAGCCGCUCUGAAGCAGGUCGUCACGUUCCAGGACUGUGUCUUCCGGGACAACGCCAUCGACGACUCCUCCACGAGCUUUSCCGGAAUCAUCGAGAACACCUUUGGCAGCGAGCUGGUCGUCAAGAACUGUCUCUUCAAGGACAACACCUACGGCAGGGCGAACAACCCGGCCUCCRCCGGAUACGCGAUCCGCAGCUUUGGAAGCCUGACCCUCGAGUCGUCCUGCUUUUUCGGCAACGAGUUCCUGGGCCACGGCCCCGUGCUGGUCUACGGCGCCCAGUACCAAGCGGAAGACAACUACGUCGAAACGGAGCAGGCAGGCCUGCCCUGCGAGCUGGCCGCCCUCUUCAGCACGGGGGACGACACGGCGGCUAMCGCCCCGAAGUGCGAGGCCUCGGACGCGGGCUCCUGCUCGUUCUCGCAGGCGCCRACCUCGUCGCCAACGGUGUACGUCCCGGAGGACCCCUUYGGCCAGGCGAACGAUCGGGAGCCRUCCUCCCCGGCCACGAGGGCGACAAUAGGAGGACGGUUCUGGGCCCURGCGGCGGGCGUUCUGUCCCUUGCCUUGGUCUAGCUCGGACGAUUUGGCGUCGCGGGCACGAAGCUUCUCUCGCCACUGUARAUUAUAAAAAGUACAUAAAGAA